AUGUCCCCUGUCAUGCUAAUGGACGCCUACCGUGAUGAACGCCCCGAGAUCCGCAUCGCCUACAGGACGGACGGUCACCUGCUGAAUCAACGACGAAUGCACUUCCAGUCGCGCGUAUCCACAACCAGCUUUCACGAACUUCUCUUCGCCGACGACUGCGCCCUGAACACCACCUCGGAAGAGGAGAUGCAACGCAGCAUGGACCUAUUCUCCGCCGCCUGCGAGAACUUCGGUCUGGUCAUUAACACGCAGAAGACGGUGGUGAUGCACCAACCGCCACCCAACUCAGCCACAGCCCCCAACGCGUCGCCGCAAAUCAGCGUGAACGGAACCCAACUGCAAGUGGUGGAGAACUUCCCGUACGUGGGCAGUGCCCUCUUCCGUAGCACUAACAUCAAUGACCAAGUCGCUAGCAGGAUCUCGAAUGCCAGUCACGCCUUCGGUCGCCUCCAAAGCUCAGUUUGGAAUCGUCACGGUCUCCAACUGAGCACGAAGCUGAAGAUGUACAAGGCCGUCAUCCUGCCGACACUGCUGUAUGGAGCGGAGACUUAAACGGUGUACGCAAGGCAGGCACGUCGACCGAACCACUUCCACCUCAGUUGUCUCCGUCGCAUCCUGAGGCUAAACUGGCAGGAUCGCAUCCCCGACACUGAUGUGCUGGAAAGAACGGGAAUCCUCAGCAUCUGCACCAUGCUGAGACAAAUGCAGCUGCGCUGGAGCGGCCACCUGGUGCGCAUGGACGACGAGCGACUACCCAAACGACUCUUCUACGGAGACGUCGCGACGGGUUCUCGCCGUCAAGGAGGCCAAAUUCGCCGUUACAAGGAUACCAUGAAGUCCUUCUGAAGUGACUGCAAAUCAAGCUGACCAACUGGGAAGAGCUCGUCCGCGAUCGCCCGAUCUGGAGGAGAGCAGUGAAGACGGGCGAUGCUAUCUAUGAAGCAAACCGCAUCGCUGCCGCCAAAGUGAAACGCGACGCCCGCAAAUAACAACUUCGUCCAGUACGCAACGCCGCCGCACAACCGCCUCCAACGUGUCCUCGAUGCCAACAGACAUUCCGGGCAGGAAUUGGACUUAUUUGACACCUUCGGAUCAACUGCACCUCCCGGGCCGCACCAAUUGUCGUCCCUCCGCUCGACUCUUACUCUUCCUCUCCACCGCCAAGUAACUCUGAUAAUUCUUCUGAACCACCACUUCCACCACCAUCAUCCUCCUCCUCCUCCUUCUCCACCACCACCAUUACCUGAACUGCCCCACCGACGAACGCUCUGUCGGCUGUCACGCACAUCAACACAACACACAUCGCUGACAUAACAGCAGACACCACCCCUACUGCCUCCGACUCCAGAGGUGAGGAUCAGGACUACACCUGCCCUCACUGCGACCGCACUUUCACCUCACGCAUUGGCCUGGUCGGUCACUUGCGAAUCCAUCGCACAGAGACUGACGAACCAGUGCCUGGAGCACCGACCUAUACCCACCACGUUCCGCUCCAUUGCCCACACUGUCCUCGCACUUUCAAGCAUCGCACGGGCCUAUUCGGCCAAAUACGCAUCCACAAGAGCGGAAUUGACUGCAGUCCUGACACACCCAGCACGUCCACCACAUCCACCAUGCCCAACCCCACCCUCGCUUCAUCGCCCGCGCCCAUCACCACCAUCCCCACCACCGCCUCCUCUGUAGCUGACACCGACACCGCCGACUUCUCAUGCCCACACUGUCCACGCACAUUCACCUCGCACAUCGGCCUGGCCAGUCACUUGCGGAUCCAUCGCACAGAGACUGUCGAACCAGUGCCUGGAGCAUCCAUCUACACCCAACGCACUCGCCUCCACUACCCAUAUUGUCUUCGCACUUUCACGCAUCGCAUGGGCCUAUUCGGCAACAUGCGCAUCCACGACGACCUGCGGUAG